UUGGACCGCUCCCGUCACCUGACCGGGGCACAGCGGAAGCAGCGGAGUCGGCAGCAGAAAGAAGGAUCCCUUGCAGCCGUCAGGAUGCAGAGCACCACCAACUACCUGUGGCUGAUCUCAGACCUGCUCGGUCAGGGAGCCACGGCCAACGUUUACCGCGGCAGACACAAGAAAACUGGGGACCUGUACGCAGUCAAAGUGUUUAACAACCUGAGUUUCUUGAGGCCACUCGACGUCCAGAUGAGAGAGUUCGAGGUUCUGAAGAAACUUAACCACAAAAACAUCGUCAAACUCUUUGCUGUAGAGGCAGAGGUCAGUAACUGA